GUGUUAUUCAGAAUUAAUAAGUUAAAUACUGGAGUUGUUUUACAUGAAAAUGAUGUGGAAGAUAUAAAAAUAACUGUUGAGGGUCUUUCAAAAUUGUUUUCAAAGUUUUUAUAUAAAUAUCCAACAAUUUCUGCUGAUACUAUUCUCACUUUGCUUAUUACUCACUUGAGACACCAUUAUGAACGACCAAUGAUAUUGGAACAUAUAUUUUCGAUACGUUUAGCGAUAUUUGAAUUACUAGUUAAACUUCGGGCAGAUUCAAGGUAUAAGUUGGGAAUGCAAGGUAUUGAUGAAUAUUCUCCGUAUAUGUAUGUCGAUCACAAGGGUCAUGGAGUACCACCUAGUCCAAAUUUCUCAACAGAUGACACAAAAUCAAAGGAAAACAUUUUGGUGCAGUUUAACUACAUGUGUCUUGCUGAUGCAUGCAAAGCAGUGAUUACGGCGUUAAAAGAAGAGCUCGAUUGGCGAGUAUUGAACAAAAUACUGAAAGAUGUUCCUCAGAUUCUUAAAAACAAGGCAUUGAUAUUAUCUGGGAAUUGGGAAUUUGAUCCAGCAUAUGAAUUGGCWUCAACUUUAUGUCAAUUGGUGAACGAUAAAACUGUUGCCGGCACUUUAAAGAAUACACCACCUAAAUGGCUGAAAACUGACUUUCAAAUUGCUGUUUAUCCAGCAUUAGCUGCUUUUGUUUCAUAUCAUAAUAGUUUGGAGCCAUCUCUUCAACAAAAACUUGURAAAUGCUUACAAUCAG